GCCGCUUUGAUCUUAUCAGAGCGCUGGUCGUGUUGACGACCGAAUCGCAUACUCCAAGCCCACUAACCGAGCCAACCAUCCACCUCCCCCUUUGGUUCAGUAAAAUCAACAUCAAAGGGCGGCUUUGUGAGAUUCGCAUCUGAUGUCAUCUGGUCCUAAUCGAUAACGCGGACUCUCUCAACAACAAGCGACUGCCUGGAGAUCCUUCCAACGAAGCCUUGGCAAUCGGACAGCACCCAGCUCGAGCAUCAGGAAGUUCUCACAACCAAAACGACCUGUUUAAAUUUUGCGAGCCGCCGGCCAGUCUCAGCACUUCCCGUACCUUUGUUUCCGACCAUUCCCACAACCAACCAUGGCCGACGUCGAAAUGACCGAUGCGCCUACUUCAGCGCCCGUGACUAAGAAGAAGGGCGGUGCCAACGGCGAGGCGAAGGAGGGAAAGAAGCGGUUCGAGGUGAAGAAGUGGAACGCCGUUGCGCUCUGGGCGUGGGACAUCGUCGUCGACAACUGUGCCAUUUGCCGGAACCACAUCAUGGAUCUCUGCAUCGAGUGUCAGGCGAACCAGGCGUCCGCUACUAGUGAGGAAUGCACCGUUGCUUGGGGUAUUUGCAAUCACGCCUUCCACUUCCACUGCAUUUCGAGGUGGCUCAAGGCCCGACAAGUCUGCCCCCUGGACAAUAGGGAUUGGGAGUUUCAGAAAUACGGUCGGUAG